GGGUAACCUCUUGCGUGGGCGUGUCAGAGCGAUCUUCAUCACGGCGUCACCAAAUGUGGUGUGCGGCUUCCAUGGUCGCAGCUAACCAGAUCUGCAUUCACACCACACACCGCCCAUUGACACGCUCAGUGACCACUAUUCACAGCACUAAGUUACGUCUAUAUAUACCCCGUGACGAUCCUUUCUUGCUCAACACUUUCUCAUUUUCUUGUCCGUUCUAACUGUUCUCUCCCUUUCUGUCUCCCUUCUCAAGCUUGUAACUAUCCUUCCACAUCUUUCUUACCGUAAACUAUAUAACAUGACUAUUGUACUUACUCCUUACUGGUCGCCCGACGAGGGCAUCCAGAAGCUCAAGAUGGAAGGUCGGGCUAAAGCCCUGGCUGUGCCAGGCCUCGCCCCACCAGCUUUCAGUGUAAAAGCUCAGUUGGAUCGUACCCUCCUCCAAUUGCGUUCCAAGUUAUCCCCGAUCGAGAAAUAUAGCUUCCUCGCGCAACUCAAGCAAGCAGAUGUUGAGGCCUUUUACAAGCUAUGCCUCGAGAACAUGCCGGAGAUCACACCUAUAAUCUACACACCAACUGUCGGUGACGCAUGUCUACAGUACUCAAAAAAUUACAGACACCCCGAGGGUUUGUUCAUCUCUCUCAAGGAUAAAGGCAAAAUUGGGAACAUUCUGCGCAACUGGCCCCUUGUGAACGAGGCUCGGAUCAGCGUUGUAACGGAUGGUUCGCGCAUCCUUGGGCUUGGUGACCUUGGUGUAAAUGGGAUGCCCAUUGCUGUUGGCAAAUUAUCUCUUUACGUCGCCGGUGCUGGCAUCCGUCCGUCGUCCACUCUCCCCAUCACGCUUGACCUCGGAACCGAGAACUCCGGUAAUCUUUCUGACCCCCUGUACCUCGGCCUGCGCCAGCGCCGACCGUCUGGAGCGGAAUAUGAUGCCUUCAUGGAUGAGUUCGUCACUGAGAUGAGACGUGUCUACCCCAAGGUUUUGGUGCAAUUCGAGGAUUUCUCCACCGACCAUGCAUUCUCCUACCUUGCGCGUUUCCGGAAUAGUCUCCCGUUGUUCAACGACGACAUCCAAGGUACCGGUGCUGUUGUCCUCGCGGGGUUGCUUUCCGCUGCACGACUGGUGCCCAUCCCGCGCAAUGAACAUAGAAUCUUGCUCUUUGGCGCAGGAAGCGCUAGUGUAGGCGUCGCUAAGCAGCUUAUGAGCUUCUUCACACUCGCUGGGAUGAGCGAGGAAGAAGCCAGGCGUCAGAUCUGGCUCGUCGAUUCGAAGGGACUCGUGUACGUCGGCAGGGAAGAGGUCGCUGACUAUAAAAUGUAUUUCGCAAGGAGGCAUUACACAGGUCUUCCAAUGAAGGACCUCACAGAAAUCGUCAAGUUCGUGAAGCCAACUGCACUUCUUGGUCUCUCAACCAUCACGGGUGCUUUUACCCCAGAAGUCAUCCGUGUCAUGUCGCAGAACACGUCCCGUCCCAUCAUCUUCCCUCUCUCCAACCCCGUUCAUCUCUCAGAGUGCACCUUCGCCGAGGCCCUGACACACAGUAACGGCACCGCCAUCUUUGCGAGUGGUUCGCCGUUUGGAAGCGAGGUAAUUGGUGGCGUCAGGAGGGAACCGGGCCAGGGUAAUAAUAUGUACAUCUUCCCCGGGCUUGGUUUGGGUGCGAUACUGUGCCGCGCCAAGAGCGUAACGGACAGUAUGGUAGAAGCAUCUGCACUCGGAUUGGCGGGCUCUCUUUCGUGGGAUGAACGGGCACUGGAACUCGUAUACCCCCGUAUCGAGCGCAUCAGGGAGAUCAGUGCAGACAUCGCUGUCAAGGUCAUACGUGCAGCGCAGAGAGCGUGCGUGGACAACUCAACUGAUCUGAAAAGAAUGAAUGACACGCGCUUGUUAGAGUUUGUCAAGAGCAAGAUGUGGAGCCCGUAGUGCUACAAGGACAUCUGUGCAG